AUGGUCCCCGCUCGGUGGCACCGGGACCUCUCCCCUCCGCCGCGCUGGGGAGGGGAGAAUGGCGGGGCGCCGGAGCCUGCUGCUGAUGAAAUUGCAGCCAGAAGUCUUUGGACUUUUCCUUGGUCUGGACCUUUGACUCGUGAAAGGCUGCUUCGAGAAGCCUCCGAGGGCAGAAGCAAAAGGAGCAGAGUCGAAGGGAGCAGACCCCCUGUCCUGGAGCGUGGGGAGCUGGGGGGGGUGAGAGGAAGAGGCUGCAUGUGGAGUUUGUGGACAAGAUGCUUUCUCUGAAGAAAUACUUCACCGAAGGCCUCAUCCAGUUCACCAUCCUGCUCAGCUUGAUCGGCGUUCGUGUGGACGUGGACACCUACCUGAACUCGCAGCUCCCCCCUCUCCGGGAGAUCAUUCUUGGCCAGAGCUCUGCUUACACCCAGACCCAGUUUCACAACCUGAGGAACACCUUGGAUGGAUAUGGCAUCCACCCAAAAAGCGUAGACCUGGACUAUUACUUCACUGCUCGCAGGUUGCUCAACCAAGUGAGGGCCCUGGACAGGUUUCAGGUGCCCACCACCGAAGUCAACGCCUGGUUGGUGCACAGAGACCCCGAAAGCUCCGUGGCUGGGAACCAGCCCAGCGCUGGCAUCGCCCUAGAGAAUGGCAGUGGCCUGCAGGAUGGCAACAGCCCUGACAACGGAGUGAGGGAGAGUGGAGCUGAGCAGGGAUUUGGGGAAGAACUGGAAGAUUUGGGAGCGGUGGCUGCCCCGGGGAAUGGAGACUUGACCAAAGAGGACAUCGAUUUGAUUGACAUCCUGUGGAGACAGGAUAUUGAUCUCGGCGCUGGGCGAGAGAUUUUUGACUACAGCCACCGUCAGAAAGAGAGCGAAGUGGACAAAGAGCUGAGCGAUGGGAGGGAGCGAGGGGACAGCUGGAGGAGCGGAGGGAACGAGGUCUUGGAUAGAACCCUACUAGUUGAUGGAGAGACUGGGGAGAGUUUCCCUGCACAGGUGCCUGGUGCAGAGGAUCAGACAGCCCUGUCCCUGGAGGAGUGCCUUAGACUGUUGGAGGCCACCUUCCCUUUCGGGGGGAACUCGGAGUUUCCAGCUGCGGAUGUCUCCACCCUGAGCGAAGCUGUGCCCGGCGAGAGCAGGUCUGCAGGCAUCCAGACCAACCUGCUGUCUCCUCUCCUCGCCGAGACCGAGUCGCCCUUCGAUCUGGAGCAGCAGUGGCAGGACCUCAUGUCUAUCAUGGAAAUGCAGGCUAUGGAAGUGAACAACACAACCGCUGAAAGCCUCUACAGCAGCACGAGUGGAGACCUGCUGACUUCUAACUACAGCCUCCCUCCCAACACCCCCAUCAAUCAGAAUGUCAGCCUGCAUCAGGCCUCUCUGGGGAGCUGCUCACAGGACUUCUCCCUCUUCAGCUCCGAAAUUGAAAGCCCCUCCUCCUCCUCCUCCUCCUCCUCUUCCUCCUCCUCCAUGGCUGGCAGCUCAGCCUUGCUUCAGCUGACGCCGGACAACUCCACCGGCCUCAACACCACCUUUGGCUCCACCAACUUGAGUGGCAUCUUCUUCCCUCCGCAGCUGAACAGCACAGUCAACGAGACGGCAGGCCCCGAGCUGCCGGACCCGCUGGGUGGGCUGCUGGACGAGGCCAUGCUGGAUGAGAUCAGCCUGAUGGACUUAGCCAUCGAGGAAGGUUUCAACCCAGUGCAGGCCUCGCAGCUGGAAGAGGAGUUCGAUUCCGACUCAGGUCUCUCUCUGGAUUCUGGCCACAGCCCCGCUUCUCUGAGCAGUUCAGAAGCUUCCUCUUCGUCCUCCUCUUCCUCCUCCUCCUCUUCUUCCGCCUCCUCCUCCUCGUUUUCUGAGGAAGGAGCUGUGGGUUACAGCUCAGACUCCGAGAACGUGGACUUCGAAGAGGCGGAAGGGGCGGUGGGAUACCAGCCGGAGUACAGCAAGUUCUGCCGCAUGAGCUACCAGGACCCAUCCCAGCUCCACUACCUGCCUUACCUGGAGCACGUUGGCCACAACCACACCUACAACAUGGCCCCGGGGGCCCUGGAUACCGAGGAGCCCAAACUGCCCAGCGCGGGCAAGAAGAGCGGCAAGAAACCCUCCGAGUUCUUGGACAAGCAGAUGAGCAGGGACGAGCACCGAGCCCGAGCCAUGAAGAUCCCCUUCACCAACGACAAGAUCAUCAACCUGCCCGUGGAGGAGUUCAACGAGCUGCUCUCCAAGUACCAGCUGAGCGAGGCCCAGCUCAGCCUGAUCCGAGACAUCCGCAGGAGAGGCAAGAACAAGAUGGCUGCCCAGAACUGCCGCAAGAGGAAGCUGGACACCAUCCUCAACUUGGAGCGGGACGUGGAGGACUUGCAGCGGGACAAAUCCAAACUGCUCAGGGAGAAGGUAGAGUUCCUCAAAUCCAUCCGGCAGAUGAAGCAGAAGGUGCAGAGCCUCUACCAGGAGGUGUUCGGCAGGCUGAGGGACGAGAACGGCCACCCCUACUCCCCCAGCCAGUACGCCCUGCAGUACGCCAGCGACGGCAGCGUCAUCUUGAUACCUCGGGCCGUGGCCAACCAGCAGGGCCGGCGGCAGGAGCGCAAACAGAAGGACAGGAGGAAGUGAAGGGCACAACGCUGGGGAGAGAGAGAGGAGUUUGGGACAACUCGCUUGAGUAGAGAGAACUGGAGAAGGGCUGAGCCUGGAAGUACUUUGUGAGGAACUUUCCAAUGCCUUCUUACGCGAUCAAUAUCUUCUCAAACAAACAAAACGGACACAGACGUUGACUGCCGCCAGGAGGCUUGGCAGCGCCUGCCAAGGCUUGAGGGUCUUAGAGAGUGCUUGUGUUGAGUAAAAGCAAAAGGGAGAAGCCCCAAACUGUUCCGAGCUGCUAAAUGUUCUCUUUGCCAUUAAGAUUCAGUGUAACCUUGUGUGUGUGUGAUCACAUUAUAGGAUCCUCUUCUGUCCCUUAGGUGUUUUGGUCCUGACUUCCUUUUUGAGGUUUGGUUUUGGUUUUUUUUUUGUUUGUUGGUUCAUUUCACUUUGCCAGGAGGGGGGUGGGGGUAGUGCCUUGAUCACUGUCGGUCUCCGGCACCCACAGAGAUCAUCCUAGAAGCUGUAUUUACAAUAUAGCACAGCUGGGAGUUGUAGUUGACUUUACCAGCAACUGAAAAACAAAAACAAAUCAAAACAAACAAAAAACAACAACAAAAAUCAUUAAAAAAAAAAAAAGAUUAAAAAACAAAGUGGCUUUUCCUAGCCAGUCCUGUGCGUGGGAUACAGGGAAGGAAAAGAAGUGGGAAUGCAAGGAGGAAGAGGAAAAAGAAGCCUUGGAGGCAGCCCAGAGCUGGUGGCAUGUUGGGGUUUGGUUGGGGUUUGGUUUUUUGCUCUCCAGGGUUCUGGGGGUAGGUGGAGCUCAGAGUUCAGCGUCAUGGAGGUGUUUUGGUGGAGCUGAGCUCAUCACCGUGGAGGUGUUUUGGGGAUUGGUGGAGCUCAGAGUUCAUCACUGUGGAGGUGUUUUAGGGGUUGGUGGAGCUCAGAGCUUAAUCAUCAUGGAGGUGUUUUGGGGGUUGGUGGAGCUCAGAGCUUAAUCAUCAUGGAGGUGUUUUGGGGGUCGCUGGAGCUCAGAGCUUAACCAUCAUGGAGGUGUUUUGGGGGUUGCUGGAGCUCAGAGCUUAGUCAUCAUGGAGGUGUUUUGGGGGUUGCUGGAGCUUGGAGCUUAUCAUAACCAUGGAGGUGUAUUGGGGGUUGGUGGAGCUCAGAGUUCAUCACCGUGGAGGUGUUUUUGGGGUUGGUGGAGCUCUGAGCUUAUCAUCAUGGAGGUGUUUUGGGGGUUGCUGGAGCUCAGAGCUUAUCAUAACCAUUGAGGUGUUUUGGGGGUUGCUGGAGCUCAGAGCUUAACCAUCAUGGAGGUGUUUUGGGGGUUGCUGGAGCUUGGAGCUUAUCAUAACCAUGGAGGUGUAUUGGGGGUUGGUGGAGCUCAGAGUUCAUCACCGUGGAGGUGUUUUUGGGGUUGGUGGAGCUCUGAGCUUAUCAUCAUGGAGGUGUUUUGGGGGUUGCUGGAGCAUGGAGCUUACCAUAACCAUGGAGGUGUUUUGGGGGUUGCUGGAGCUGAGAGCUCCUCACCACGGAGGUGUUUUGGGGCUUGCCCUAACUUCACCAUCCCAGCUCACACUGUGGGGGGCUCUGCCAUCCCCAGCUCCUGAGAUUCAGUGGCUUGAACUUAAGGCAUGAGACGAAGCACAAGUGGUGGAGCUGUGGCUGUGGGGAGGUUGGAAGUGGAGCCCUGAGUGGAUGUUUUAAAUUAUUAUUUCUGUUUUGGUUUUUUUUUUUCCUCUUAGAAUCUCUUUUUUUUUUGGGGGGGGUUUAUUUUGCUGAGCUGUGUGACCUGUCAGGGAAAGAAGAGAGAUUGUGUGAGCACAGGACAAAAAUAAAACAGCUUAUUCACUCUACCGA